AUGUCGAUUGAAAGUGGAAGCAGCAUCACCAACAACAACGCAGAUGAAUUUGCGGUUGGUUGUUUCCUGUCGAUCCGAACAACCUUAGGCGACGAGUUUGAAGGUCAAGUUGUUACCUUUGAUCGAGCAACCAACUUCCUCGGACUCCUGGAAGGUUCCAAACACGGCCCUCUUCGCAACAUUAGGAUUUUGAGUGCUGAUUAUAUCAAAGAUUUCACCUUUUUAGGUCAAGGUCACGACCCACUUCCAAUUGAUUCUCAUCUUGAUCUUCAUACUCUUCAAUCAAGGGAACUACUUGCUAUUAGGCAAGCAGAGGCAGAAGCUGAGAGAAUUGGGGUUGGUGUUUCUAGUGAGGCACAGAUUAUCUUUGAUGCUUUGUCUAAAACGCUUCCUGUCCACUGGGACAAGACCGUCAUAGUUGUAAUGAAUGAGGUGCGUGUCAGCAGUCCUUAUCACUCUGAAUGUGUGAUUGGUGGUACUCCUGCUGCAAAUGACCGAGUCAAGAAAGUGCUUGAGUUUGAGAGAAAGAGGCUGCAACUUCGCGGUUAG